CGUUCGACCCCUCUGUUACUUCCACUCCUCUCCCUCCUCCCUACAAUCGUCCAGCAGUACGGCUGAUGCUCCUACAGCUCAACGCUUGUCUUGGCUAAUUCGGUCUUCAACACCGAACCCGAGAAUGAACACGUCAACAGCCGCGCCCGCUGGGCUCAACAGUGUCCGUCACCGCGCUCGAACACCCUCCACCACGACCGAUGCCAGAUCCCACUCUGCUGAGGGGCCUGAGCCUGAGACUCGGGAAGAUGGAGAGGCCCGUACCAAGAGGACGUACGGCCGCACUCCAGACGGGACGGUCUUCGUCGUCCCUGAGACGCACGACAUGGUCUCGCAGCUCCUAGACCCCCGCGAACCGAAGAAUCUCUCAGACGUCCUGGUGCUCUCCAUCCUCGCCCUCCACAUCUGGGCCGCAUACGCGCUACCCUCGAGUCUCAAGCGUCCUAUUUUCGCCCUUGUCUUCCUCUUCUGGAGGGCCUCGUACAAUGUUGGGAUAGGCUACCUCCUGACCGUCCAGUCCAAGUACAAGCUCAUGGUGACAUGGGCCAGGCGCCUUAAGCUGUUCGAGAAACCGUCGAACGGGAAGAACCCGCGCCCAUGGCUGUACCAGCUGCUGCAGCGCGAGCUCGAGGCCAAGAUCCCCAAGGACUACAAGAUGGCCCACGCACCCAUCGAGUACAACGCCUGGCUUGUGUUCCGCCGGAUUGUCGAUCUCAUCCUUAUGUGCGACUUUGUCUCAUACUGCCUGUUCGCCAUCGUUUGCGCCCACAAACCGGCGGGCGAGGGAUUUCUCAUGGCCUUUGCUCGGUGGGGCAUUGGCAUUGCCCUUGUUGGCUUCAACCUGUGGGUCAAGCUGGAUGCACACCGAGUCGUCAAGGACUAUGCCUGGUACUGGGGUGACUUCUUCUACCUCAUCGAGCAGGAAUUGACCUUUGACGGUGUCUUCGAGAUGGCCCCGCAUCCCAUGUACUCCAUCGGCUAUGCUGGGUACUACGGCAUCUCCAUGAUGGCCGCAAGCUACGACGUGCUCUUCAUUUCCAUUCUCGCACAUGCCGCCCAGUUUGCUUUCCUGGCCAUCGUCGAGAACCCUCACAUUGAGAAGACUUACAACCCUCCGCCACCCCGUCAGCGUGCUGAGUCUGAGGUUAGCAGCCGGUCCGAGACUACCGUUGGCUCGUCAAAGAAAACGCCGGCAGCCCCUUCCACACCUGUACCUGUCCACAAUCUUCUGGGCCUAAAGAACUUCGACCCUUUCCGCAUCACGGAUUACGCUACCCUCCUCCUCGUCGGCUAUUUGGCCGCCCUCGCUCUGGCAACUCCUGACACGCCCAUUUAUCAGACCCUCUUUGUCUUGAACGCCCUCUUUUGGCGUCUGUGGUACUCGGUCGGCCUCGGCGUCGUUCUGACCAAGCAGUCCAACGAAAAGAUGUUCACUAGGCACUUCCUGAAAUACGGUGAGACUCCCACAGAGGCCUGGCGGCAGUGGAAGAGCAUGUACCAUUUCAGCAUGACGCUGUGCCAUGCCUCGUUCCUCGCUGCCUGCUGGAAGAUGUACACCUACCCGGAGGACUGGGGUUACGGCUGGGUUCUUUUGAAACAUGUUGUUGGCCUGAGCCUUGUGGCCCUCCAGGUCUGGACCGCGACCAGCAUCUACGACUCCCUGGGCGAAUUUGGCUGGUUUUACGGUGAUUUCUUCUUCGACGGCGCGGGCAAACUGACGUACGGGUCCAUCUACCGCUUCCUCAACAACCCGGAGCGCGUCAUUGGCACAGCUGGGCUGUGGGGUAUGGCGCUCAUCACCUGGAACAGUGCUAUCUUUAUGACCGCUCUCAUCAGCCAUAUUCUGACGCUCGGUUUCAUCUCGUACGUCGAGAAGCCGCACAUGCAAAAGAUCUACGGCGAGAACCUGCGCAAGGAGGCUGGCCUGACCAAGUUCAUCAAGCGCUCGCUUCCCCAGCCCGUCAAGGGCCUGCAGGACAGUGUCGACAAGGUAUGGGAGGACUCCAAGCACUUUAUCGAUGACUUUGUCGACGUCGCUCGCACCAGACUGGCCGCGGGAUCCUCCACUAUCGUCAGGGAUACCUCGGCCUUGUUCAACAUGUAUCCUGCACGUCUCACUCUCAGCCGCAUCUCGCCGGACGUCGCCGGCUACGACCCUAAGCACUACACAAUCUCCGUGGAGGGAACGCCACUGGUGGCUGCCGACGAAAAGGCGACCGGGAAAGAAAGCGCCAGCGCUCGUGUGUCCAAGGAUGUCAAGACGAAGGUGUUUGAGUACGGCGCUCCUAUCCGUGUCAAGUGGACCGCGCCGGCCAACCACAGCAAGAAGGACUGGGUCGGUCUGUACAUGGUUACGGACAACCGGUCUCGCGAGGUCACCGAGGUCCCGACGCUAGGCCGCUGGGUGCCGACGUGUCCCGGCGAGUACGACACCACCACCGACCAAGGCAUUUUGUCGUGGGACCAACCGGUUUCCACGUCUAAGCCGGCGACCGAGACGGAUCUCGUCCAGGGCGACAUGGUGUUUGAGGGUGACAAGCUGUGGUGGACGCAGGGCGUCUUCGAGUUCCGGUACCACCAUGGUGGCGGCCACAACGUCAUGUCCAUCUCGGAGCCCUUCGAGGUGCGGCUGGCCAAGGUGGACGACGAGGACGCCGGGGUCGUCGGCGCCGCCGAGGUCGAGGCCGCGCUGCUGCCCAUUGUCCGAAACUGCCUCGACCGCGACCCGGAUAUUGCGCCGGCCACCGUGGAGGAGCGGUUCGGCGCCCAUGUCGAAAGGGAUAGCAAGUAUGCCAAGAGGGUCGUAUACGCCAUUCAGCACAUGUUUGGUGUCGAGUUCGCGCCGGCGGUCGUGCCGGCGGAUGGGAAUGUGAGAAAGCUCGCUUGGCGGAUAUGCAGCGCUAAGGAGGUGCUUGCACCCUACAGCAUGUCGCAGAGACAAGGACCGUCGACGCCGGUGAAGGACAAAUUCUCGGAUGCGGUGUUGUAGAGAGGGGUUAGCUGGGAUACGUGAGAUCUCGAAUGUUUAUGCUUGACGAGACGGAGUUGCAUGGCGUGGGGUUGUGGGACUGCAUAAGAUACCACCACUGUCGAUAGACUUGUGCGGUUGAUGAGGCGCGUGGGUAUCCAUAAAGAAUCAUGCUUCCGUUGGGCAGUAAGAAUUAGCACGCGUGACCGAUAGCGGCUAGAUAUGCUUGGAGAGGAAUGGGCCCAGGUCGCAAGCUCGUGUACAACCCGUUAGCCCUCUAAACUCCUCUUCAAUAAGGAUGAGUACGGUGUUGAAGAGUGACAAAAUCCGCGAGUAAAGCAGCGAGCAAUCUCUGGGAUAUGUAUCCCGGAGACCUUGUGCCGAGAGAUCAUCCCAGUCACUCUAGGGUUGCCGACCGCCGAUUUUGUGUUUGUUGGGAGAAGAUGGAGCCCACAUUCAAUGGCGAAA